GCGUCCAACUGUUCACAUCGCAAUCUCUCUCUCGCCCUGUUUUGUGUGUGUGUGUGUGUAUGUGUGUGUGUAUUGCUACAACAACUACCAUAUUCUUAAACUCUUCUUGUUAUACUUGUAGUGCGUGUGUGCAUCAUUGGCUUUCGUGAUUUAAAAAGGAAGAAAAGUGACGAGAAGCGAUUAAAAACUGUGUGUGACGACACAAUCCAUUGGAUCUCUGUGCUAACACAUUUCGCCCUCAAAAAAAAAAGAACGAAUUCAAGGAGAGAGAAUAAAAACACAUUUCCAGUUAUCCUUAUUUCCAUGUUGUGUCGUCAUAUCAUCUGCCUGCAGUGUGUGUCGUCGUCGUGUGUGUGGUCGCUCUCAUGAAUCUCAGGAUAUAUGGCGCCGUUGCGUCUCAUCAGCCUCCACCUGCUCUUGGCGAGUUGGUGGAUGAUUGCCUCUCUCAUCAAUGCAGCCGAUUUCUAUGACGCAACAGCAGACCCUGGUGGAACGACGUUGGGUUUUAGUCACGAGCCGGACGAUGUGGUCGUGGCGCGCGGUCAGAGCGCCCGGCUCGAUUGUCUAGUCCGUCUACCUCCUCUUCCUGCUGUCGACGAACGCAACGGCACAAGUCAUUUAGACGAACCUAUUGCCUUUGACAUUCAUUGGUUCCAGGAUGGAAUACCCAUCGUUUUACCUGAUUCUAGACGACAUCUUUUAGCCAAUGGAUCUCUUUAUUUCGACAAGGUGUUGCAUAAACGAUCUGGUCGAUCGAGUUCGGAUGAAGGGAUUUAUAACUGCCUGGCGCAGCAAAGACAAACAUCAAGCAGCUCUUCAUCUGCAGGAGCUUUCGUUUCGCGAAAUGUUUCCGUACGAGUUGCAGUUUUGGCGAGGGAAUUCACGACGUGGCCAAAUGACGCAACAGCAGAAAUGGGCGAUCCGGUGAGAUUUGCCUGUGAAAUUGAAUCGGUACCGGAAGCGGAAAUCACCUGGGAAAAGGAUGGCGUGCCCGUCGUCACUGUCACGCAGACCGAUAAUCAGGAAGAUGGCGACAAUGGAACCGACUCUUCCAUUCAUGCGCGAUUCGUGAAACUCGAAUCGGGCAAAGUCCUUCACAUUUACAACGUCCAAUCAGAAAACGUCGGCAAUUACAGAUGCGUCGCUCGGAAUGAAAUGGCCGACAAGGAGAGAAGGAGUCAAGCUGGCCGCUUGGUUGUUUCAUCGGAAGGUCCAAAUCGAUUAGCGCAAUUCAUUUCGCCGCCUCCGGCGAGUGACUUGUGGGUCGUCGAGGGAGGCAACGUGACGAUCGAAUGCCUAGCGACGGGCAUAAACACGGCGGUCAAAUGGACCCUCAACUCGACGACGUCAUUACCAGCAACUGGGCCCGGUUAUUUAGCGUUGACGGACAUCCAUCCGAAUAUGGCCGGCCAUUACAGUUGCGUGGCAAUUACGGCAGGCAGCAACGUUGCCAGCGCGUCAAUGACCCAGUCGACAGUUGUCCACGUUGCCACCGUGCCGCAGUUUGUCCGGCUGCCCAAAUCGCAAGUCUUUCCCACCGCCAAAACGGUCCGUUUCGAAUGCGAAGUCACCGGAAUUCCGUCACCCGAAAUCCGAUGGUUCAAGGAUGGGCGGAUCGUUCCGAUUGGCGGCCGAAUCAAAAACCGGAUACGCAAUGGCGGGGCAUUUUCCGAACUGGUUUUAUCGAACACGGUGACGGGCGAUUCCGGUAUCUACCAGUGUCAGGCCAGCAAUCGAGCCGGCGUCGUGUCCGUUUCUGCCCGUCUUCUCGUCAACGUUUCGGAAGGCACUCGGCCCGAACCGCCUUCCAACCUGAAAGCGGUGGCGCUAACUCCGACGGUGGUCAUGUUGACGUGGGACCCGCCGCGCAACGUGCCCGUCGACGACGUCAAAGCCUACACGGUCCACUACAUGCCUCUGGCGUCGGCCGGCCAGCAGACGUCCAACAACGAGGAGCUGCAAGAGGUGGCCACGACGUCGAGCCACCGGGUCGAGAAUCUCAAACGCAACGCCAAUUAUUCGUUUUACGUGCGUGCGUACGUCCGCAAAUCGGCGUCGGAUCCAUCGGACAAGCUCAUUUUUAAUCCGGCCUUGUUGAUCCAGUCGAAAGAUCAAGCGGAAUCGUCGUUACCGUCGUCGUCGUCGUCGUCGUCUCUACCUCGUCCCACGCCCAGGACUUUACCUUCGCCCACGGCGCCCAACGUGACGCUCCUGCCGCUGACGCCCAAUACGUUGAAAGUCACGUGGCGUCGGUUCAGCUCUUCCGCCUCCUCAUCUUCCGUCUCGUUUUACAAGAUCCAGUACCGACGUCAUCGGGCCAAGGAGUUUGACAUUGAAGUCGUCAAGGGAGACAUUCACGAGUACACCAUCACUGGAUUACAUCCAGGCCGGAAGUAUGACGUCCGUGUUUUGCCCGGCAGCAUGAAUGGGGCCGGAUCCGGGCAGUGGUACACUGUCGAAAUGCCCAGAGUGAUGGCCGAUGCCGGAAGUGGGCCAACCUCGCCGCAGUCACUUCCGUCGGCCGUCAUGGAACUCGCGACGGCCAAUUCCACGUCCGUUUUCGUGACGUGGCACAAUGUGGGCGUCGCCGGUCGCCGGCCAAACAUUCACUUGACUUAUAGGAUUCAAGGCAGCAGAGAAACCAGCCCAGUUGUCGUCCUCCCGACGGCUUCCGGUUCGCGAUGGAUCACCGGUCUCAAACCUGGGUCCAUCUACGAAUUUCAAUUGAUCAAUAACGACGGUGACGAGGAUGGCCCGUCGACUGUGACCACCACCAUCCGGACGUUGUGGGACGCUGGAUCCGAGCACGAAGAGGAAGACACGGAUUCGGAACCGAUGCCCGUCCGGAUGGAGGCCAAAGUCGUGUCCAGCGACGCCAUCCAAUUGUCUUGGUACGUGCUGCCACCGGAGAGCGCGGCCAACGUUCUUUACUACACCGUCCGCUACGUGGCCAUUCCGGCGGAAUCGACUCACGGUCCCGUGCUGACCCAGUUCGUGCGCACCACCGCCAACCAGUUCCAGCUGACCAACUUGACAGCGUUCACUCUGUACCGCAUCAGCAUCCGCUCGCACGACCGUCACGGACGUUCCAGCACGUACAGCAGUCCGGCCACGGAUGCCCGGACGAUGGCCGAUGUGCCAGGUCCGCCGCUGGAUCUUUCCUUUUCCAUCGAUUCGAGUGCCGGAACAACAAUGACGGGCCAAUUGUUCUGGAAGGCUCCCUACCCCGUCAAGGGCAACAUCCUCGGCUACGCCAUUUUGAUUUCAACCGAUCCGGAAGCGCCGAUGGACGCUUGGACGAGGAAAGAAGAGCCCGGAGUUUGGCUGAGGAGUCAACUUCGAGCGCUCGUUCCUGGAACGGUGUAUCACGUGCGCAUGCAGGCCCGCACGUCGGCCGGUUGGGGUCCCCUCACGCCAGCCCUGGCGUGCCCUUUCCUGCCCGCCGAAGGGACGGGCAGCAUCAGCUCUGUGACGGACGAGAAAUCGAACGACACGGCCGUCCGUUUCAGCGAGCAAUACCUGGGCGCGUUCAUCGGCCUGGCCGUCAGCAUCGGAUUGGCCAUCGCCUGUUCGGUGAGCAUGUUAUUGCGAGCGCGUUGCAUCAAACGCAUGUCCCCGACAACGGAACGCCAUCCGUCCCAACUGGCCGCUUCGCAAGUGCAACAGAUUCCAUCGGCGGACGCGGUGAGCGUCAACGGACUGGCCAACGGCCGUUUGCAGCAGCAACGCCACAAAAAGGACGCUGUGAGGCGCAACGGUUCGUUGAGGAACAGCCGCGAGCGAUCGGCCGACGCGACCGUCUUGGAAAUGGACACGUUCGUGCCCAUGUUGGCCACCAUUCCGCUGGAAGACGCGCCUUCUCAUUUGGAUACGAAAGGAGGUUAUCCGUCAGGAUCUCGUUCCAGUAUAGCCGGAAGGAUAGUGACCCCUGCAACGACGUCCGUCAGUCGGAAGGAAGAGAACGAGGACGAAGAGGAGGACGAGGAUCGCAGCGAACUGCCGCUGUUGUCGCUGUCUUGCGUCGGUCAUCCGGCCGGAUUCGACGGGACCAUCUUGUCGCAAGCGACCGAGACGACGUGUUUGAGUUUGGACUAUUCGAGCCGUCGGGCUAAAGGUCAGGGUUCGUUACACAGUCAGGAGGAGGACGGUGACAGUUCGUUGCACAGUUUGGACAGUCGAACGACGAGCAGCAGCCAGCGCCAUCAUCGGAGCAGUAGUGAAGCAAUUAGUUGUACUAGUGAUGACAGUAGUCGAUCCUUGCGGCAGGAUCAACAAGAUACGGGUAUGUGUCACGCUGAUCACCACCAGAUGAUGAACGACUCAGGAUUAGUAGUGGUCACCAGUGCUGCGUUCAGUUCCAAUAGCAACAACAAUCGGAGCCAAACGACGACGACGACGCCAAAGGGGACAGCAGACCAAGAACAACAGCUGGUCAUUUCAACCUGAAUAUAAUAACAUUUAAAUAUUCAUUCUCUUUCCUUAAUCAUUUUGUUUUCCAGCCCGUAUCCUUGCCCUCCCACCAUUUUCUCUCCAACUUUUUUCUCUCUCUUCUCAGCCUCCCAGGAACAACAGUACGGGUAUACCUGUCCAAGACGGCCAUCUUCUUCCCUUCCUUCUUCUUUUUUUCCAUGGAUAAUAAGGACAAAAAACGUGUGGACAAGACGCGUCAAUAGAAUUAUUAUUUGCAUCUUCUUCUUCAUUAUCCCCAGUUGAAAAAAAUAUCAAAUACGUAUUUGAAAAUUUAAGCAUUUAACGCCUCUUUUGUAAUUUAUAACAAAACGCUUUUCUCCUUGGAAAAAAAUAUUUUUUUUUUCUUUCUACCCCCAUCCCGGUGAUGAAUUUUUUUUUUUUGUUUUCUUACUACCACAAAAAAGAAAAAAAAAAUUGUUCGUCGGGUUAAUGUGUCUGUCAUAAAAUGAAAAUCCUUUUGUGUCCCUUUAAUUCCCCCAUUUUAUUUGUUUUUAUAUCGUAGCGAGUCACACAUUUUGUUGUUGUCCAAUCCACCAACAGAACCUCCACCACACGAAGAAAAGAAAAUCCGCGCUCAAAAUGCUCAAAGCAUUUCUCAGGACUCUACUACCCUACUAUUCUCCAUUUACUUUAUAUAUAUAUAUAUAUAUUUAUAUAUAUAUAUAUAUAAAUUUACGACAAUUGUAAAUAUGAUCUUCUUUACAGAAAAAAUCUACCAGCUCCCCCGAAAACAUUGAAACAAUUUGUUUCCCCCCCUGACUGGUACAAAUUUUUUUCUUCUAAAUUAAAAAACGAAAAAAAAAAAAUUUCACCCUUACUCCCAAACCCACACACUACAGACACACACACAGAUCUACCUCGUUGUUGAUUUGUUUCUCUCUUUACCCAUUGAUUCAGUUCCAAUCCGUCAGAUUUGUUAUAUAUUAUUCUGCUACCGCCGCUCUGUCUACCUCGAUUAUCUUUGUGUCUUUCCGCCCACCACAGCCACCCCCACUGAUUUUUCACUUCUUUUUUCUGUACAAACACACACACACACACACACCUCCCUGACGUUUUUUUUUUUUAGUUCUCCAGUUAUUCAUGACGAUGUUCAGGGAUCGCCAUUCCGACGUUGCCCGUUCAAAAACGAAGAAAAAGAAAAGCUCAAAAGAUUUUUUUUCCUCCUUAAUUGGUUUAAUUUUUACACACAGCCCUUCCUCAUCCCUUUUUUGCAACCUCCUACAACUCCAUUUAUUGACAAUACCUCCGGCCUCUCUGUAAAACACGAAACAAACUCGCUCAAUAGAACUUUGUAAUUAUUCCGACCCCACACACACACACAAUUACCUUUGCUGAAAAAAACAAACAAAACAAGUUCCUUCUGGUUGCUAAGGGCUCUUUUUUUUUUUUUUUUUUUUUUUUUGCGUGUACUGUACACCUUCGACUCUUACUCAGGUGAAAACGACACGAGGAA